CCCCCGCAUUUGUGUUCCCCAGAGCUCCAAUCCUCCAAGCGGUAGACUGAGGUUGAGACCGUCUGGGGCGGGGGGCGCGAGUUGUUCUAGUAACUCUAAAGAGACCCUGCCCUUGCCGAAUGAAGUGCACCUGCCUGAACUGCCCAAAGGUGCUGGAACCUGGGGGCUCCUGGGCUGGAGUGAAAAGAAAUUCUUUGGGACUGCUGGAAAGAAGCUACGGACGCCGUCUGCUGUCCUUGGAGCCUACGUCAGAUCAGCAGACUUCAGAAUGACAGAGAGAGCCUGGUCCUGCUUUCUAGGAAUAGUUCGGAAGAGGCUUCCCGUCCUGGGAUGGCUCCCCCACUACUCCCUGAAGUGGUUACAACUGGACAGCAUCGCUGGGUUCACUGUGGGGCUGACUGUCGUGCCCCAGGCUCUGGCCUAUGCGGAGGUGGCUGGGCUACCAGUCCAGUAUGGCCUCUACUCCUCCUUCAUGGGAUGUUUUGUGUAUUUUUUCCUGGGCACCUCCCGGGAUGUGACAUUGGGCCCCACAGCCAUCAUGUCCUUGCUGGUUUCCUUCUACGCCUUACACCAGCCUGCCUAUGCCGUGCUCCUAGCUUUCCUCUCUGGCUGUGUCCAGUUGGCCAUGGGGAUCCUGCACUUGGGGUUCUUGUUGGACUUCAUUUCCUACCCUGUUAUUAAAGGCUUCACGUCUGCUGCUUCCAUCACCAUUGGGUUUGGCCAGAUCAAGAACCUCCUGGGUCUACAUGACAUUCCUCAGCAAUUUUUCCUUCAGGUGUAUUACACCUUCCUCAGAAUUGAGCAGACCAGGGUAGGAGAUGCUGUCUUAGGGCUGGUCUGCAUGGUGCUCCUCCUGCUGCUGAAGGUGAUGAGGGACCAGGUGCCACCCCUCCACCAGCAGAUGCCACUUUGUGUCCGGCUCAGCCACCUGUUCAUCUGGUCCAUUACAACAGCCCGCAAUGCUUUAGUGAUACUAUUUGCUGGCCUGGUUGCCUACUCCUUCCAGGUGAUGGGAUCUCAGCCAUUCCUUCUGACUGGGAAAACUGCAGAAGGUCUCCCUCCCUUCCAGCUUCCUCCUUUCUCUGUGGCCACCCCCAAUGGGACUGUGUCCUUUAACCAAAUGGUACAGGAUAUGGGUGCUGGGCUGGCUGUGGUGCCCCUAAUGGCCCUGUUGGAAAGCAUCACUAUUGCUAAAACCUUUGCAUCUCAAAACAAUUACCACAUUGACUCCAACCAAGAGCUGCUGGCCAUUGGCCUCACUAAUUUAUUGGGCUCCUUUGUUUCUUCCUACCCUGUCACAGGCAGCUUUGGACGGACAGCAGUAAAUGCCCAGACAGGGGUAUGUACUCCAGCAGGAGGACUGGUGACAGGAGUCCUGGUCAUGUUAUCUCUCGCUUACUUGACUCCACUUUUCUACUAUAUUCCCAAGGCUGCUCUGGCUGCUGUCAUCAUUACAGCCGUAGCCCCCCUGUUUGAUGCCAAAAUCUUAUGGAUGGUCUGGCAUGUGAAAAGGGUAGAUUUGGUGCCACUGUGUGUGACUUUCUUGCUCUGUUUUUGGGAAGUGCAAUAUGGCAUCCUGGCUGGGAUCCUGGUGUCUGGAAUACUCCUACUUUACCAUGUGGCUAGACCCCAGAUUCAGGUAUCCCAAGGCCCCGUGCUUAUCCUGCGGCCCAAUAGUGGCCUUCACUUUCCAGCAGUUGAAGCUCUUCGGGAGACUGUAUAUAGUCAGGCUCUCUCAGCAUCACCCCCAUGCUGUACCAUCUUGGACUGUACCCAUGUCAGCAACAUUGAUUAUACAGUGGUGACAGGACUUGGGGAAUUGCUAGAAGAGUUUCGAAAUCACGGGGCCUCCUUGGUUUUUGCCAAGUUGCAGGCUCCGGUUCUUUCUGACCUUCUAUCUGCUGACCUGAAGGGAUUCCAACAUUUCUCCACCCUUGAAGAAGCAGAGAAAUACCUGAGUGAAGAGUGAAUUUUCUAGCCCUAUAAUGUCAAUGAAGACUCCACCAGAACCCAGGAUUGUCCCACUCAUGCCAACCAAUUGGGCCUUAUUCUAAAGCAAGAGAUGGUGAAAAGGCCUCUCCAUAGCAUAUGCCAUUGAUCUUUGUGGACUUCUCUUGUCAUACAUCUUUUGGACUGAUGUACCCAAGGAAAACCCCAGUAGGUGGCACUACGGAGAAAUGAUGGAAGAAAAACCUAUUCAUCUUAAAAUGGACUCAGACCUUUAGGGAGCAAUGGUUGGAGCAUCUGGUUAGGAUGAGUGAUAAUUUCUAGCAUUCUCAGGAAAUUCCUCUUCUAAUUGAAAAGGGUUCCUGUUCCUCCUCUCACCUCCUUGUCCCAGUCCUUCUACCACUUGUCCAUAUUUAGACUUGCCUACUCCAACCAGUGAGAGAGUUUCCUAUCAAAUUUCAAGCAAUACAAGGGCCUUCCCUUGAGCUUUGCCCUAGGGUUGAGUUGUGUAGAUACAAAGAGACCCCUUAACCUGGGCUUUGGUUGGGUUUUGGACUUUGGAAGCUCUAUAGAGAAGGGAGAGGGCAUGUCAAUGUAGGCAGGAGGAGACUCUGUCACAGAUGAUUCCCUGGGUGUAUUAUUGUAGCAUCAGAGGGAGGAUGAUAACUCUCCCUGAAUUUUCCUGGUCGUUGGAUAAUAAAAUCAGAACUAGAAAGGACCAAAGCAAACAACUGGUCUGGCCCUCUUACUUUACAGGUGAGGAAAGUGAAGACCAGAAAAGUUAAGGAGUGACCCACCCAUGUGACCUUGCAUAGUAAAUAUCAGAGCUAGGAUUAGAACCCAGCUCAUGGCACAAUGGA